AUGAAGUCUCUGGUAUGCUUGAUACUGAUCUCCGUGGCGUUGGCCGCUGCAGAGGAAGACAAAAAAACGGUGGAAAAGCGAGGUUUGUAUGGUUUGGGUUAUGGUGCUGAAGGCCUUUACGGUGGAGAAUUGGAUCACGGAAAAGUCGCGAUCGCGAUUCAGGAGAAGCCUGUGGCUGUUCCGGUUCCAGUCCCGAAACCGUACCCAGUCCCCGUUGACAGACCAUACCCUGUAAAGGUACCAGUGGCAGUCCCUCAACCGGUCCCAGUGCCGGUUCCGGUACCCAAACCAUACCCAGUAAUACAAACCAAAACGAUCGCGGUUCCCGUCGAGAAACCAGUUCCAGUCACGGUUCCGGUUAAGGUCCCAGUGCCUGUGCCUGCCCCAUACCCCGUCAAGGUACCAGUCGCUCAACCAUAUCCAGUCGAAGUUCCCAAGCCAGUUCCAGUCGUCGUUAAACAACCAGUCCUCGUUAAGGAGCCAACUCCCGUUUUCCUUAAAGGAUACGAACACUUUGGACACUAG